ACUGAGUUCCAAAACAUUUAUCGCCACACAUCCACCAUGUUUUAUAAUUGGGUUUCUAUGCCCUACUGAGUAAUUUAAAUUAUCUUACACCUCUCUUGUGUUUUUCCUGUCCUUCCCCCUCAAGGGCCCCAGAUGGUGGACCUACGGAACAGCAGCACAGUGACAGAGUUCAUCCUUGUGGGCUUUGAGCAGAGCUCCCCUGCCACACGAGCACUGCUCUUCACUCUCUUCCUAGCCCUCUACAGCCUUGCCAUGGCCAUGAAUGGCCUCAUCAUCUUCAUCACGUGGACAGACCCCAGGCUUAACAGCCCCAUGUACUUUUUCCUUGGCCAUCUUUCUUUCCUGGAUGUUUGCUUCAUCACCACCACCAUCCCACAGAUGUUGAUCCACCUGGUAGUCAAGAACCACACUGUCUCUUUUGUUUCUUGUAUGACCCAGAUGUACUUGGUCUUCCUUGUGGGUGUGGCUGAGUGCAUCCUCUUGGCUUUCAUGGCCUAUGACCGUUAUGCUGCUAUCUGUUACCCCCUUAGCUAUACCCAGAUCAUGAGCAGACAGGUCCGCGUAAGGCUAGUGGGUACUGCCUGGAUCUUUGGGUUGAUCAAUGGCAUAUUUCUUGAGUAUAUAUCAUUCCAGAAUCCCUUCUGCAGAGACAACCAUGUAGAAAACUUCUUCUGUGAGGCUCCCAUAGUGAUCGCCCUGUCCUGUGGGGACCCCCAGUUUAGCAUGAAAUUGAUCUUUGUUGAUGCCACUGUGGUGCUGCUCAGUCCCAUGGUCCUCAUUGUCGCCUCCUAUGCCCGCAUCCUGGGCUCCAUCCUUGGCAGAACCUCCUCCUCAGGUUGGGGCAAGACCUUCUCAACUUGUGCCUCCCACCUGACUGUGGUUAUAUUUUUGUACACUUCAGCCAUGUUCUCUUACAUGAAUCCCCGAAGCACACAUGGGCCUGACAAAGACAAGUUUUUCUCCCUCCUCUACACCAUCAUCAUCCCCAUGUGCAAUCCCAUCAUCUAUAGUUUUCGCAACAAGGAAAUGAAGGGGGCUAUGGUGAGGGCCUUUAGGAGAACCAACCUGGCCCAGGCAGAGUCUUUCUAGCAGGAAGGCCCCUAGAGAAGAAGCUCCCUCCCUUGGGGUAGGAGAAGUUAGUUGCCCCUUUCCCACCCUGAACAGGUGAGUAACUCUCUGAUGCUGAAAAGCUCUAGGAAAGAGCAUUCUUGGCUUCCUUAGCACAAAACUCAUAUCUGGAUGUUCCUCCUGAGGACUAAAACUCAUCUCUCUGACUUCACUUCCAGCACACUGAUCUUCCCCAAUCUUUCUUAGUAGGGAUGUCUUAGGUAGGAGGCACAAGUCCAGAGCAAUAACGUAUCACAACCUGAGAUAAGGCAGCUAUGUUUUCUCACAAGAAAGUCAUUGAAGAAUCAUUCUUUUGGGAGCCUUACUUUCUAAUGGCAAAGUUGAGCCUUGGCUUUAGGAAGGCUUGCUUUGGGAAAGGAGUAGACUGAGAACCAUAAUGAGAUUUGUAGAUUGCAGUAAGUUCAAGAAAUAUGCUAUGAGAAUGUGAUACCAUCCCUGCAUGGUGACCCUCAAGUACUUCAAUUAAGUUUCCAGAAAAAAUAAGAGUCAAUCAAUGGGAUUGUAUUGGUAACCAAAGCCAGAAAGAGGAUGUGUUUUAUGCCAAAUACAUGUGGACUAAUGAAGAAAAGAGAGGACAGAAGAAAAAGAAGGCCUGAGGGCAACAACUUCACCAGAUUGUAAACUAGGGGUUCAAGCUAUAUAACAAAAUGUCUUAGAGUCAGGAAAUCUUUGAGUGCCAUCUACAUUAUACAACACUGAAACAAGAGUGUUUUAACUUUUUGUACAUUUAUUUGCUCCCACUUGAAAAUAUUAUCACUGGUAUGUGUUGUAAAAUCUAAAUUUAUCCAUUUUUGAAGCAUCCCUCUUAUGUAUUUUACUUCCCACACACUCAUAUUCCCAGAGAUUCUUUACUCACAUCUCUAAAUUCUAUCUCUCCUGUCCCUAGUCCUUUAUCUAUGGUCUAAAGCAAUGACUCUAAACCAGGUACAAUUUUGUCUCCAAGAUGUUUAGUAAUGUUUCAAGACAUUUUUGGUUGUCUCUACUGGUGUACUAAAUGAAGGACCCUAGUUAGCAAG